UAUUAUCAUUUCGCACUGGCUUGACACACGUGAAACGCGGUCCUGGUCGACUGCCCUGGGAAGGGCGAAGGAGCUGCAGCCGACGCGUUUUAACGUGCCCGACUGCGCUGCCUCUUUUGGUGGGCAUUCUUCAAGCGUUCCCGAUCACAUUGGAGCUUCCAUCCCUUAGCAUUGUCAUGACCACGGCGUGACAAGGUCAAGAUAUGGACUCCUCCCCGCCGACGGGCAGCAAGGUACUAGGGCCCACGCUGCCCACCGUGGCCGGAACGAAGCGGCCUGCGCCGUCAUUACUUCCGCCGUUCGAGCCUCUGUCGUCCUCCCCAAGCCUGCCGCGGCCGUCCAAGCGACACGCGAACUCCAAUGCGUUCCUGAAGUACCCCACGCCUGUGCCAACAUCAAGCACUGGCAUCCUCUCAUCCAGUCCCCCGCGUCUCGGCACACGGCCCGCGCUCCAACGGACGCAGUCCACCCUGUCCGAACGCACUCCGCUCUCCGACGUCCCGUCCGUGGAACUCAACGAGAAUGGUGAGACUCUGCUCAUGGGCCGCUCAAGCAGCUCAUCCCAUUACCAGCUUUCGGCAAACCGUUUGAUCAGCAGAGUUCACGUCAAGGCGCGCUACAUCGCGGCCACCCAGCCGCUGGAGCCGAACAAGAUCGAGAUCGUCUGCAACGGUUGGAAUGGCCUGAAGGUUCGGUGCCAGGGCCAGACGUGGGAAUUGGCGAAGGGGGAUUCGUUCACGUCGGAGACGGAGGGUGCCGAAAUCAUGAUCGACGUCCAGCACGCGAGGGUAUUCGUUCGAUGGCCACGUCGGGAUAAGGACCAGGACGUGUUGGCCCAUUUGAGCGACUCCUCCUGGGAUGAGUCGCCGCGUCCAAGGGCCGCCAGGCGUCGCGAGGGCUCGGAGCUGCACUGCAGUCCGCUUAGGAGGUCGACACGUAUUGGCAGCCCCGAAUCGCCCACGCCAGCGAACGUCUCAACAUCAAAUGCAAGCCUCGACAGCCUGAUGCCACGGAACAGCGAGGAUGAUGAGGGCCCGGUAGAGAUCUAUGAAGAUCCCAGCGCCGACGAGAAGGGCUCUCCCGAACCGGUCCAGGCCGGAAACGCUGCUGCAAGCUUCAUGACCCAAGUGGCAGACAGCUUCUCCAGCGACCUGAGCGAUCCUCAGUCAGAUGGGGAGAACGACCCGUACGAGGAAAAUGACCCGAUCAUGCACUCGUUUGGCCCAUUCGGCACCAGCGUAUCCAACCGCUUUGGGUCAUUUUCAACCGCGACGCCCAGGAAGCCGGCCGCCACUCGCAACCGGCUUGCUGAUCUCUUGGAGUCUUCGCCCCUUCCCCCGUCGGCACCGCUCGACCCAUCUGACAAGGACGCCAACGCCAACAGCCCCCGCUCUGCCGCGACACCAGCCUCGCUCACCGGCCUGAGCGCCGAGAUGACAGCCACCAUCACCAACCACGUAAUCAACCAGUUGGCCUUCUCACGCCUAUCCUCAACACCGCUGUCGACCAUCAUGAACAACCUGCCGGCCGAGGAGCGCAAGGGCCUGUCAAAGGAACAGCUGCGCAUCAUCAUUGAGUCAACGGCGUGCGUGGGCAUCAUCCGGCGGCAGGGCAAGGACGCCGCAGGCAAGCCGCUCGAGAGUGAGUAUUACUACACCCCCGAGCUGGACACGGACGAGCAACGGCGCUUGGCGGUGACGGACGGCCUGCGCAAGCCGACUUUGCGGAACUGUCGGAAGCAACACAAACAAUAUUACUGGAAGCGGCCGCGCACCCCCUAACCGGCGUCAUGUGUCGGUGCGGGAGCCGGCUGGGUUCCUGUACUCUUAUUUCAGUGGUCAAUGCCUUAAACUUCCUGUAUGGAAGCUUGGUGGCAGACAGGAAAGGUGCCUACGUCUGUUUCGGAAAG